AUGAAAGAAAGUCGAGUCCUUAUGAAUUGGAGUAUUGAGAUAAAUACUACAUCGGGUGUAGUGCGCGGACAGACCAUACAUGUACUCAAUAGACAAAUAAACCAAUUUCUUGGAAUACCAUUUGCCGAACCACCGAUCGGUUCGCUUCGUUUUGCAAAACCUAAAGCAAUACAAUUAUCGGCUCCGGACAUCAUAGAUGCAACAAAAUCCAAGAGUUCGUGUUGGCAACCGUUGGCAAACUUGAAGCUCAGUGAGGACUGUCUGUAUGUCAACAUAUGGUCACCCAAUCGGGUCAACCAUUCAAUGCCGAAUAUACCGAAAGCGGUCAUGUUUUUCAUACACGGCGGCGGCCUUCAAACGGGUUCAAUAUUUUUACUGAGCUUUUAUAACGGUUCAAUUUUGGCCACUAAUGAUGUAGUGGUUGUGACCACUAACUAUCGGUUGGGACCUUUUGGUUUUCUAUACGGUGCUGAUGAGUCUGCACCCGGGAAUGUGGGAUUUUACGACCAGUUAUUAGCACUCAAAUGGGUAAGAGAUAACAUUGAGGCAUUUGGUGGUGACCCCAAUCAGGUUACCAUAUUUGGUGAAUCGGCUGGUAGUUGGUCAGUAUCGGCACACAUACUGUCACCGCUAUCUAGAGGACUAUUCCAUAGAGCUAUUAUGCAAAGCGGUUCUGUCAUGUUUUAUAAGGACAGAUAUCCCAUCAAUAAAACUGACGCACUCAACAAUGCCAAACAAAUGGCCCGAUCGUUGAAUUGUACCGAAACUCAUUGGUUACAAUGUUUACGUACCGUUGAACCCAAACAGUUAGUCCAGUUAGAGAAAACUGUAACAUUUCCACUGAUUGGCACCGAUUUUCUACCGGUUUCCACACAAAAAGCAUUUCAAACACAUGCAGUCAAUACAGAUAUUGAUUUAAUUGCUGGCAUUGUCCACGAUGAGGGAUCACUAGCCGAUAGUAUAUUAUUGGUAUCGAUGGACAACAUGACUAUCGCAAAGUUUGUUGAUUAUGUCAACAAAUCUGAUCAACAAUUUCACGGUAUGAAUGCCCAAAAAAUUGCUGACUAUUAUUUGAAAUCAGUGGACAAAACCAACGCAACGGCCAUCCGUUUGGCGUUCAAUGACUUUUUCGGUGAUCUAUUAAACAAGUGUCCGACAUAUCUGUUUGCCCGACAAUUAGCCGAAAUCAAGUCUAUGGCCAACAAAAAUGUCUACUUUUAUGAGUUAACAUAUUUAGCGGAAAAGUUUGGCAAAUAUCUCGGUUGUGAUACUCAUGUUAAAGGCAUAUGUCACGGGGCGGACAUACCCUAUGUGUUUGGUCUACCAUUUAGUUCACCCCUACUGUUUGAACCAAUUGAUCAAACAUUUAGUGCUACAGUUAUGAAGCAAUGGACUAAUUUUGUAAAAUUUGGAAAUCCCGAUAAUCUAUGGCCUCAGAUGUUGAACACUACUAAAGUUUUAGUGCGCGAACUAAAUCCAAAAAAUAAAAUAUUAGAAAAUAUUUUUCAACAAACAUGUGAUACAUUUUGGAAAAAUUAUUUUAUAUAA